CGACGCACUCGCUUCAGGAGGCAAGCAAAAGUAACGCUCGCCAUGGAGGACGUUUGCUGCAAGCCGCAGCUGGCACUUUCAUAAAACUUUCGUCCAUAGUUUUGUCCUGUUUUGCCCCUAACCUCUCAUCUCCAGGAGGCAGCUGUUUUAUUCACAUUCAACAGACUUUGCGAGAGAGGCGCGGCUGGCUGAAACCUUAGCUCGCUGGUUGAAAGUUAUUUCCAGUUCAGUCGAGUUCACAAGUCGAGGAAACGAGGCAGGAUGUAUCAUGAAGAAACCGCGACGUUACAGAAGCCACGCUAUGGAACCAUUCAGGAUGAUGAAAGGCUGUCGGCUGAGGAGAUGGAUGAGAGGAGGAGGCAAAACAUCGCCUACGAGUAUCUGUGUCAUCUGGAGGAGGCCAAACGGUGGAUGGAGGCCUGCUUAGAUGAGGAUUUACCCCCAACUACAGAACUUGAGGAGGGACUUAGGAAUGGUGUUUAUCUUGGCAAACUUGCCAAUUUUUUUGCCCCAAAAAUGGUGGCUGAGAAAAAGAUCUAUGACAGAGAUCAGUGCAGAUAUAAGAGCAAAGGGCUGCACUUCAGACACACUGACAACACAGUGCAGUGGCUCAGAGCCAUGGAGUCAGUGGGCCUCCCCAAGAUUUUCUAUCCUGAAACAACAGAUGUCUAUGAUCGCAAAAACAUGCCCAAGGUGGUCUACUGCAUACAUGCAUUGAGCCUAUACUUGUAUAAACUGGGAAUUGCCCCACAGAUUCAAGACCUCCUGGGAAAAGUGGCCUUUACAGAGGAAGAGAUCAGUAACAUGAGGAGUGAACUGGACAAGUAUGGCAUUCAGAUGCCAACCUUUAGUAAAAUCGGUGGUAUCCUGGCGAAUGAACUCUCAGUGGAUGAGGCUGCUUUACACGCUGCUGUGAUUGCCAUCAACGAGGCUGUUGACAGAGGUCAGGCAUCUGUGACAAUGGGAGCCCUGAGAAAUCCCAACGCGAUGCUUAAGAACACCCAGGAGGCCUUUGCUGAAGACUACCAGGACAGACUGGGCCAGUCCAAGGCUCGUAAGCGGGAUCAUUCCUCGGGAAGGCGGUCCUCCGUUGCUACUGAAGAAAGAGAUGUUUAUGAGGAACUUCUCACUCAGCAGGAAAUCCAGAACUGCGUUGAUUUUGUCAACAUCCAAACAGCCAUCAGACAGGUAAAUCGAGCAGUGUCGACCCAAGAUGAAGCUGCUCUGUUGGCUGCACUUAGACUUGAAGCUCUUGCCUUGCUGAGCGUUCAAGACACAAACUGUCACUGGUACCUGGAACACCUCAUCACCUACUGUCAACAUAAAUCCAAGGAUGGAGUAAGGGCUCCGAUUCUGGACAAAGAGGAGAUUCAGGGUGUCAUCAGCUCUUGUAAUGACUUUGCUGAGGCAGAAAAACGAAAACUAGAGGCAGUUGCAAGGAUCAAUAAAGCAGUCCGUCUUGGUAAUGCUGUGGAGACGGUUGAGGAACUGAUCAACCCUGAGGCACAACUGACAAUUGUCUACCAAACUGCCGCCAGCCUCUACCAAGCCGAGCUUUUUAGUUUGCAGCUACAAGGGGCACGGUCUGGACUGAGUCAUGAGGAGCUGAGUGUAGCUGUGGAGAUGCUGUCAGCAGUAGCCGUGCUGAACGAGGUGCUGGACACCAAAGACCCGCAGGCCGCGAUUGAGCAGCUAACGGAUUCCCCUCUGGGCUUCACCAACAUAGACCACGACAACCUCAACAGAUAUGCUGACAUGCUCAUCAAGGAGCGAGCAGAGAGUCUUGCAAAGGGCCAAGAGUUUCUGACUUGGAACGAUGUUCAAAAGUGCAUUGACACAGUCAAUGUUCAGGUCCAAGAAGAACAUGAACGCAUUAUAGCUAUAGCCGAGAUUAAUGAGGCACUUAACUCGGGUGAUCAUCAGCAGACGCUCGCAGCCCUGCUCCUCCCUACCGCCAAACUGACGGGAGUGAACUCUGCCACAGCCAAACACUACCAUGAUGUCCUACAACACACCAAGCAACUUCUCUGCCAGGGAUCAGGUGAUGAGUCUGCAGUGCUGUGGCUCGAUCAAAUUCAAGACGCUAUAAUGACAGCUAAUGUCAAUGAAGAGGAGGCCCUCGCAUUGGCUGAGGCAGUUGGUCAUAUUAACCGGGUGGUGGAUGAGGGGGACUCCCAGAACACUGUGCAAGCUUUGCAGUCCCCUGGUGCAGGACUGAGACCAGUGCUCCCAGAAUGUGCUGAUGCAUACCAGGCUGAACUGGCGGAGAAGAAAACGAGCAGUGCAACCAAAGGCAGCGGUGAUGGUGUGUGGGUAAAGCAUUGCUUCAAGGACAGAUAUGGCUAUUACUAUAACCUGGAGACUGGGCAGGGUACCUGGGAGGAGCCUGAAGGAUUUGAACACAACAGAGGCCAUCUCAGUAAAGAGGAAAUCCAGAAUGUAGUCAGCUGUGUGACUGCAGAUUAUAACAGGGAACAGCUCUGGCUGGCAAAUGAACCCCUCAUCACCCAGCUGCAAGCCAGGAUCAGAGGUUACUUGGUCAGAAGAAAACAUGCCCAGAGGAUGGAGUACCUGCAUCAACAAGAACCACAUGUUGUCAGACUGCAGGCUUGUUGGAAAGGUUAUAAACAGAGAAAAAUCUACAAAGAGAGGAUUUGUUUGCUGCAGAAAAAUGUUGCUUCUGUCGUUAAGAUCCAGUCUCUGGUGAAAAUGUGGGAAACGAAACGAAGAUACGGUCAGAGGCUACAGUUUUUCAAAGAUCAUGAAAGAGAAAUUGUGAAAAUCCAGGCUUUCCUAAAGGCCAACAAAGCCAGAGAUGAUUACAGAACCCUGACUGGGGCCAGAGAUCCUCCUCUGUCAGUGGUGCGCAAGUUUGUCCACUUGUUGGAGCAGUCGUCUCUGGAUCUACAGGAGGAACAGGAGGUGACACGGCUCAAGGAGGAAGUUGUCACAAAGAUUCGCUCCAACCAACAGAUGGAGAAAGACUUGAAUCUCAUGGACAUAAAGAUCGGACUGCUGGUGAAGAACAGAAUCACUUUGCAGGAUGUCGUAUCACAUAAUAAGAAAAUGAAGAGCAAGAAAAAUAAGACCAGUAAGGAUGACCAGACUGGAGGAGACAAACUUGGCAUCAAGGGUCUCAGUAAGGGCAAAAGAAGGAAACUGGAAGCCUACCAGCAUCUCUUUUAUCUGCUGCAGACCAAUCCAUCCUACCUGGCUAAACUGAUCUUCCAGAUGCCCCAAAACAAGUCUACAAAGUUUAUGGACACUGUGAUCUUCACCCUGUACAACUAUGCCUCUAAUCAGAGAGAGGAAUACCUGCUGCUCAAACUCUUUAAAACCGCUCUAGAAGAAGAGAUCAACUCUAAGGUGGAUCAGAUCCAGGACAUCGUUACAGGAAACCCAACAGUCAUCAAGAUGGUGGUGAGCUUUAACCGGGGAGCCCGUGGUCAUAACACCCUCAGGCAGCUGUUGGCUCCAGUGGUCAAAGACAUCAUUGAUGACAAGACUUUAGGCAUCAACACCAACCCUGUGGACGUGUACAAAGCCUGGGUCAACCAGCUGGAGUCUGCUACAGGAGAAGCCAGCAAGCUGCCCUAUGAAGUGACUCCUGAGCAGGCCAUGUCACAUGAAGAAGUACGCAGCAGGCUGCAGGCGUCCAGCGUGGCUCUACGGUCGGCCACAGAUAAGGUCUUGAACUCCAUUGUGUCCUCUCUGGACAAUAUCCCUUAUGGCAUGAGAUACAUAGCAAAGGUUCUGAAGAACACGCUCCAUAAAAAGUUUCCCGACGCCUCAGAAGAUGAUCUGCUGAAGAUUGUAGGAAACUUGCUGUACUACCGCUACAUGAACCCAGCCAUCGUAGCCCCUGAUGGCUUUGACAUCAUCGACAUGUCAGCGGGAGGGCAACUUCACCAAGACCACCGACGCAACUUAGGAUCUGUGGCAAAGAUGCUCCAGCAUGCUGCUGCCAAUAAGCUGUUUGAGGGUGAAAAUGCGCAUAUGACGCCAAUGAACAACUACAUCUCUCAGACGUUUGAAAAGUUUCGGUUAUUUUUCCAGUCUGCAUGUGACGUUCCCGAACCUGAAGAAAAGUUUAAUAUUGAUGAAUAUUCAGACAUGGUAAACUUGAGCAAACCAAUCAUCUACAUCUCAAUUGAGGAGAUCAUCAACACUCACUCGCUGCUUCUGGAACAUUUGGAAGCCAUUUCUCCAGAUCGAAAUGACCUGCUGCAUGAGUUGCUGCAGGACCUGGGAGACAUGCCUGAUGUGGAAGCAUUGCUUGGUGAAGGAGCUUCAGACUCAAACGACUCAAACAGAGAGACUGCCCUUAGCCAGCUGGCAAAGACUGAGAUCUCCCUCACCCUAACCAGCAAGUUCGAGCUACUGGAAGGGGGUGACAAAGACUUAAAGACUCUCAUUACAAAGACAAAAAAGCUCAUAGUUGAUGUGAUUCGGAUUCAAACGGGAGAGACAUUACCUGAAAUUCUUGAGACCCCAGCCACUACAACACAGGAGUUGGAGCACACGAAGAUUGCACAGCGCAGGGCUGACCAGGAUGCUCAAACACCCGAGGGCCUGAAAAGCAGCCCGGCGGUCCUGGAGGACAGCCAGCUGCCUCUGGAGCAGAAGAAGAGGAAGAUCCUGAGGAAUCUCCGGAGCCUUGAGCAGGCUGGCCUCGCCACGGCCAGUAACAAGUACCAGGAUCUCAUCAACGACAUAGCAAAGGACAUUCGGUACCAAAGGCGCUACAGGCAGAGGAGGAAGGCUGAGCUCACUAAGCUGCAGCAAACGCUAACGGCACUCAACUCAAAAACUGCUUUCUACCAGGAACAGAUGAACUACUACGACACCUACAUUAAAACAUGCCUGGAUAACCUCAAUCGGAAGAAUUCACGCAGAUCUAUAAAACUGGACAGCAAGGUAGAAGAGAAGGGCAGUAAAAAAUGGAAACCCCAGUCUCUGAAAUACACUGCAGCAAAGCUGCAUGAGAAGGGUGUCAUCCUGGAGAUAGAAGGACUUCAGACAAACCAGUUCAAAAAUGUCAUGUUUGACAUUUCGCCAAGUGAGGAAGUCGGAGAUUUUGAGGUGAAAGCCAAAUUUAUGGGAGUAGAGAUGGAAAAGGUCCAGCUUCAUUUCCAGGACCUCCUUCAGUUGCAGUAUGAAGGCGUGGCCGUCAUGAAGAUGUUUGACAAAGCAAAAGUGAACGUCAAUUUACUCAUUUUCCUUCUGAACAAGAAAUUCUACGGAAAAUAAAUAAGGGGAGAAAACAACAGACUUCUGACUUUGGUUUAACUAAAUUCUUGGUCAGAAACAUCACAUGUAUGAGACUGUUUUGUUUCAUCUGCAUAUAAUUUAAUUGAUCACAAUCAAAUGAAACAUGAACUUCAUACAGUUUGUUGUGUAUUUUUCCACAUGGUGAUUGUAAAUGUAAUGUACUUUUAAUGAUUAAAUUGCAACGAUAUUCAUGUUUUGUUGGUAAAGAUGCAGGGAAACAAGUCUGUGACCUGGUAUGUUGGAAACCUUAAAGGUUUGGAGGACAUUUUCUGCUGGAACACUUCCUGUUGAUUAAGCAGCACAGCUGGGGUGCUGAUCUUCAGCUGCUCUACACAGACAUGACAAAUAGUAGUUUACCAGUGCCUUUUAAAGAAAAAGAAAAAAAAAACAGUUUUAAUACAACAGGAAGCUACAACUGAUGUAUUUUUUAAAUAUGUUGCUAUUAUUCCUAUAUAAUUGUCUCCUAAUGGCUGAACAAUGUGCAUAAUAAAUUACAUGUCCAGAA